AGACUAAAAGGAACUACAAAAAAAAUGCGACACUAGUAAAUUCUUUGCUACUCACAUAUGCAAUCAAAGAAGUCAAUAAUUUGAAGUUUUGAAUUCUCUAAAAUUAUGACCGUCUUGAAACCGAAAGCAAGUUAUUAGAUUUUUCGGCAAAAUACACUCGGCAUUUAUAUAAGGAUAAAAUUCUACAAAAACCUCCUUUAGAUUAGUUUACGAGGAAAACGGAAAGAGAAAUCAGGGCUGGGUACUUCCAGAACAUCCGUCAGUUCCGCGCCCUACUUCAAAGCGCUAUGAGGAGACGUCCCAGCAAUGUGCACUGUCAUUGGUUGUUCCUGAAGCGUCAAAGCGAGUCACUAUCUACGUAUGGCACGCGGAUCUACGUCAAUAUACGGAACAUUGCGUUGACUCUUCACUUGUGCAGAGUCUCGCAAAAACCAGGGCAUUGAGCCGAACUCCGAGUGCUGAUCGCGAUGACGGCGGUGGAUAAACUGUCCCCCGGCCCGAACGCGCCAAGCGGUACGGCGGCAGCGACGGCGGAGGAGAGCGCCGAGAACAACGCGCAGACCACCCCGACGGCGGCCCAGAUGGCGGCCAUUGCCGCGUCCGUCGCCUCCGCGGCCUCGAGCGCGUCGAGCGCCUCGGCGACGGCGGCGGCGGCGCUGCCCGAGACGUCGCCCUUCACGCCGCGCGCGCUGGUGUUCGCCGACGCCCCCGGCAGAGCUCGCCGCGGAGCGGACGCCAACGACCGACGCAGUAUGGGCCAAUGUGGAAAGAGCAGCAGUACAUGGACAAAAGAACGCUAUGAAUAUAUUCUCGAGUUUGGUUAAAUGGCACUAGCUCAUCUUCUGUCAACACCUUUUGGUCAAGCUGUUGUCAUUAGAGCUGACAGAAUGAGUCUGAUUCUGAACGGAUACGUGGACUUUGUAAUGCCACAUGACACAAAAAAAGAUAUAGUGGCAAUUGCCUCAAGAUUUUGUUAACUUAAUUUAAAUUGUGUAAUGUUUAUUUUUUAUACUUUGUGAUGUUCAUGUUGUCUUGUUUUUAUUUGGAGUCCUUUGUGUUUCGUUUUAAUAAGGUUUUAAUUGUACGCAUGUUUGGAUUGCAUGAGAAACUCUUAAUUUUUCCUCGCAUGCAGUAGUGUUGUAAAUUAAUUAAAUAAAAUAAAAACGUUUGAUUGUACUCC